AUGAACUUAGUCGCAUUAACAGACACAAAACUUGCGUUGUUUCUUCUAGUAAAGAAGCAUGAUUUAAAGCAGGAAACAUUCAUAAAUGUCCGAUGGGCUGUUUCAACGGUGAUGACGCGGCAAAAUAAAAUCCAGCUUGCAGACACCACGACCACCGCAUUCAUACCGCUCUGGGAUAUGUGCAACCAUGAGCAGGGCAAGAUAACAACAGACUACAAUAAGAAACUGAACAGAGGCGAAUGCUACGCGAUGCGUGACUUCAAGCCUGGAGAACAAAUUUUAAUCUUUUACGGAGCGCGAUCGAAUGCCGACCUUUUCCUUCACAAUGGAUUCGUAUAUGCAAACAAUCAGCACGAUAGUCUAUCAUUGGCCCUGGGUGUGAGUUCCGGUGACCCAGCUCGUGAGACGAGGCUCUCGUUACUUAGCAAGCUAGGUCUCGCAGGCGUCACACACUUUAACCUGUACUUAGGGGAAACCCCGAUCAGCGCAGAGCUGCUCGCAUUUAUAAGGAUAUUCAGUAUGAACCAGGAGGAGUUAACAAAAUGGUCAAGUCAAGGCCUACCUGGUGACCUCGUAUCAUCGGAUCCUACCAGUGCGGAAGUGGUUGGAACAGAGUUAGACCGACGCGCCUACACAUAUCUCCUUACACGAUGCAAACUUAUAAGAGCGUCCUACAAAAAAGACCCUGAAGAAUCUCCCCCCAUCACAGCUCAUAGAAAAAAUAUAAAACUGCUCAAAGAAUGCGAAGUGCAAGUCUUAGACAGUGCCAUAAAGUACCUGCAGAACGUUCUAGAGAAACUUCCCGCCACAGAUAAGUAA